AUGUGCGAAGAUAACGAUUUGGCGCUGGACAUCGUCACUGAGAAACCAUUUCAAGGGAAUAUAUUUGUGAAGGGUCGAGCAAAGGACAAAUCCUGCCGUCAGUCGUACGCCAAUAACGGUACAAAUUCCUACUCAUUACCGCUGGGGAAAUGUGGCAUGCAAAGAUUACGAUCGGCAAAUCCACGUGGAGUGAAUUUUGUUGUCACCGUACUGGUUUCGUUUCAUCCGGCAGGAUUCAUCACUAAAAAUGAUCGUGCAUUUCAUGUGAAAUGCUUCUAUAUGGAACCGGAUUCUAUCGUAUCGCAAUCGAUUGAUGUAAGCAGUCUUCCCACCACCGAGAUCUCUGACGCAAUGCAAAUGCCAAAAUGUGAAUACUCCGUACGUCGUGACUCCCCGAAUGGACCCGCAUUAACAUUUGCAAAUGUUGGAGAGACGGUUUAUCAUGUCUGGGAGUGUAAUCCUGCCGAUAUGGGGAUGCUUGUUAAGAAGUGUUUCGUUACGGACGGUGAUGGCGAGGAUCAUGCUGUUAUCGACUAUGACGGAUGCUCCACUGAUGUUUCAUUGCUCAGUGAACUUGUCUACGAUCAAAAUUUGAUGAAGGCACAUGCUACAAGUCAGGUUUUCAAGUAUGCGGACUCAAAUCAACUGUAUUUUACUUGUCAAAUUCGUUUAUGCCAACGACAGAUGGGAAUGUGCCAAGAUGUGACACCACCAUUUUGCGGUCGAAACCGCCCAAAUCGAACGCGACGAGCCGCAUCGCGAACCCAGGAUCCAGAAAUAGACGUCGCCACACGAGAAAUGUUGGUGUUGGACCAGGAGGAGCGGCGUCAGAUGGGCUCAAACCCGUUAUGUGUGCCGAAGAUGACGUUGCCAUUGAUUCCGUUGGUGCUUAUCACCGUUUCAGCCGUUUCUGUCUCUGCUACGCUGCUAGUCGUCGGUCGAAAACGAGAAAAACUUCCCUACUAG